CAUUUCAUUCAAGUGAGUGGAAUUAAUAUAGUUAACUAGGCUGUCCAAAUGAUCUGUGCUAGCAGGGAAGAGGCUUAUUUAAAUGAAAAGGGAAAGAGGAUUUCUGUCAGAGAAGAGCAGAAACAUGAGCUCUGCAGAAGACCUUGAGUAUCUUCAGAUGUUAAUUCAAUAUCAGAAUGGAUUUUUAAUAUCAAAGGUUAUGUUUGCAGCUUGUGAGUUGGGUGUUUUUGACCUGUUAAGCAAGUCAGAAGAGACCUUGUCCACAAAGGCUAUUGCUGAAGAGCUGGGUACCAGUCUCCAAGGGAUGGAGAGGCUGCUUGAUGCAUGUGUGGGUUUGAAGCUCCUGAUCAUAGAGGUCAAAAAGGGAGAAGUGUUUUAUAGAAAUACAGAAAUAUCCCAUCUCUUCCUCACAAAAUCAAGUCCAAAGUCUCAGUAUCAUAAUUUGAUGUACUACUCCAAAACCAUCUAUCCAUGCUGGCACUACUUAACAGAUGCUGUAAGGGAAGGAAAAAGUCAAUCUGAGAGAGCAUUUGGUGUUUCAUCAAAUGAUAUCUUUGAAGCACUUUACAGAUCAGAGGAAGAAAUGAUAAAAUUCAUGUCUGGCUUGAAUGUGAUUUGGAGCAUUUGUGGCAAAGAUGUGAUAGCAGCAUUUGAUCUUGCCCCUUUCACUAUGAUUUAUGACCUUGGAGGUGGGGCUGGUGCCUUGGCUCAGGAGUGUGUGUCACUGUAUCCAAAUUGUACAGUCACCAUUUUUGACCUACCCAAAGUGGUACAAACAGCAAAGAAGCAUUUUGUGUCUUCAGAGGAAAGCCGGAUCCGUUUUCAUGAAGGAGAUUUUUUUAAAGACUCAAUUCCUGAGGCAGACCUGUAUAUUUUAGCAAGGAUCCUCCAUGACUGGACAGAUGAGAAAUGUGUACAGCUUCUCACAAAAGUGCAGAAAGCUUGCAAAAUGGGUGGUGGAGUGUUACUGGUUGAAACACUCCUGAAGGAAGACAAAAGUGGGCCCCUUGAAAGCCAGCUCUAUUCCCUCAAUAUGCUUGUACAGACUGAAGGAAAAGAACGGACAUCCACUGAAUACAGUGCACUCCUUACAGCAGUUGGUUUCAAGGAGAUCAAAAUCAAGAAAACUGGAAAACUUUAUGAUGCCAUUUUAGGAAGAAAAUGAUGGU